AUGUACCCAGGACUCCCCUCUCGACUGGAGCGAGAGAUUAAACAGCUUUACCUGGAGCGAGUCCUGAACGGAGACACUGAGAAACUAUUGAAGUUUAAGAUCCGCAUUGAGGACCCCCCGCGCAGAAAGCACAUGGUGUUCAUGGGCGGAGCGGUUCUGGCCAACAUCAUGAAAGACAAAGACUCCUUUUGGCUGAACCGACAGGAGUACGAGGAGAAGGGCGUGGCCGUGCUGCACAAACUCGGAGGAAACAUCAGAUAA